AGAUGACCCCAGGUGGCCAGAAGCAGAUGAGGACCAGUGACAGCCCUUCCUAACUUCUGGGUCCAUUCUUGCAGGUGACGGAGUGUCUUAAGAAAGCUCAGCUAGAAAGAGACGCAUAUGCUCAACAGCUCAAAACAGAGAGGGCGCGGUGGCAGCAGCAAUUGCUGAAAAUGGCAGGAGAAGUGAGAGCUGACCCUUCAGCCCCCACCUUAGAUGGCUCACUGGAUCUUCCUGGGCAUCUGUAAAAUGAGAAUAGUCCAGCCAGGGGUGGUCACGGGACUGGGCUUUGUGGAGCUUGGGGCAGAGAGGGAGAUGGUAGCCAGUCCAGCCACCAGCCCCUCUCUCCAGGGCCCUUUCCCCCUGUGCUUUGGGCAGAUUGAAAUAUUCAAAAUGGAGAAAAGGCAGGAUGCAAUUAAGAUCGAGGAGCUGAAGGGGACCCUUGCCCACCUACAAAACCAUCUGGCUGAACCCCCAAUCCCGAAGCAACCAGCAGGGCCCUCUGACUUGGAGAAAAACCUGAAAACUGAAACCAAGUACCUGAGAGACGAGCUGCGGGAACAGGAGAGACAGCAGGAGGCGAAAAUGCGGCUCCGGGAGCAGGAGGUGAGGCUGAGAGAACAGGAGCAGAGGCUUCUUGAGCAGGAGGGGCUCCAGGAGCAGGAGGAGGAGCUGGUGUGUUGCCCACCUGGGGAUGCUGCUCUCCUCCCCAGCCCUCCAGAACUUUGUCUGGACAUCAUCAUCCCAGCUCCAGGCAUGGAGCCCACCAGUCACAGGGCAAGAGACAGUGGUGUCAGAGGCUCUUUAUGCUGGGUGCCAUUUCUGAACGCUGCUGGAGCCGGUGCCCAGGAGGAGCAGGCACGGCUCUGUGAGCAGCUCCAGAAACAACAGGGGUGCUGCCAGCACCAGGCUGUUGGCUCCCUGAGGGAGCCAGAGGCAGCGGCCGCAGCCACAGGGACUGGGAGCCAGUGUGGGUGCGGGGAGACCCAGCGGGCCCUGCAGGGUGCCAUCAACAAGCUGCAGAAUGACUUCAUAGCCAUCAUGAAGGAGAAUGUGGACCUGAAGGAGCGGGUGGAAAAACUAGAACUCGGAUUCAUCCAGCUCUCUGGAGAGAGAGACAUGAUAAGAAAGUCCAUCAAACCAAAUGACCAUCAGACAGCAGUGGCCAAGACCCAGCACCAGAAGAAGAACGAUGUUAGCAUGCUGUCCGAGGCCGAGGAGGGGAUGAAGGUAAGGUGUACAACAUCUCUGCGGGGAUGAGGGGGAUGGGGGUGGACGUGAG